AUGGCACAGCAGACUGAAUCCCACGAGUCCUCACGCUUGGAUGCCGUCGAGCGUCACGGUUAUCUCUUCGGCCACCCCAUUGCACACUCUCUAUCUCCUCUCCUCCACCAAACAAUAUACGAUGGCAUCGGUCUACCAUGGUCGCAAUUUCCUCUCGACUCCACAGACAUGGCUCUCUUCUUGAGACUACGUGAAGACCCCCGAUUCUACGGCGCCUCAGUGACCAUGCCUCACAAAGUCGCCAUCCUCCCCCACCUCGAUGGCCUCACCCCCGAAGGCUCCGCCGUCGGCGCCGUAAACACCCUGUUCAUCAGGACCGACCCAGAGACAGGGAAACGCCUCUACAUGGGCACAAACACCGACGUCAUCGGCAUCCGGGAUUCCUUCUAUGCGAAUGUGUCCGACCCAGAUACUUCCUUUCACGGCCGCCCAGCGCUGGUCGUCGGCGGAGGAGGUGCGGCACGAAGCGCCGUGUAUGCACUACGCACGUGGAUGAAGGCGAGUAAGGUGUACUUGGUCAAUAGGGAUCGUGCCGAGGUUAGGGCCGUGAUUGAGGAGUGCACAGCGCGCGGGUACGGAGACGAUCUCAUCGAUGUAUCUACCGUCUCCCAAGCCCAAGAGCUAGAAGGCGUAGGCGCCAUCGUCGCAUGUGUGCCCAACUUCUCUCCCAAGACAGAAACAGAGAAAGAGGCGCGUGCGGUGCUAGAAUGCUUUUUGCAAAAGUCGCACAAGGGCGCGAUACUCGAAAUGUGCUACCAUCCCUCGCCGUGGACGGAGAUUGCAGAGAUCAGUCAGAAGGAGGACUGGAAGGUUAUCCUGGGGACCGAGGCGAUGAUAUACCAGGGGCUGGAGCAAGAUAAGUAUUGGACUGGGAAGACGGUGGAGCAGAUGCCGGUGAAGAAGGUGAUGGAGGUUAUUGCGGCCAAGUUGAGUGAGGCGAGGUUAUAG